GCUCAUAGCCUGGAAGCGACCGCCGAGAGACUGGUUCUGUCUAAACUGUGAUGGGUCAGUGGUGUAUGCUCAGAGAAGCGCUGCAGCAGGAGGGGUGAUACGUAGAGAUGAUGGGCAGUUCGUCUGAGCAUUCACGUCAAACUUGGGGGAGGUUCUAUCACGAGAGCUGAACUAAUGGGGAUCGCAAUUGGAUUGAGGAUGGCGUGGGAAGAGGGCGCAAGGCAAAUUCAAGUGCAGACUGACUCGAGAACUAGUAUGGAGCUGAUUUGGGAGUCCGCCGGGACGCAUCCGCACUACAUCUUGGUCUCCCAAAUUCUGCAGCUGUUGAGUAGAGACUGGCAGGUUGAGCUCAAGCAUGUUUUCAGGGAGGGGAACGUGGCAGCGGACUAUCUAGCCUCGCUGGGGCACUCUCUUAGCGUGGGCGAGCAUACGAUCACGGAACCCUCCUCGACGUUGAAUCACCUACUGCUCUAUGGUAUAAUGGGUAUCCAGACCCCUCGCUUUGUGUUAAGUUAACCGGUUGGAGCGCCGCCUCGCUCCGUCCUAUUACCCAAAAAAAAAUUGUAUGAUUUGCAAACUUGUCAUAUAAUUAAUCAUAAUUGGUAAAGUGCACUAGAUAAUAGUAAUGGUGAUGAUAUCAACAUUUGCAACCAAUGGACACUAUUAGCAAACCAAGCAAAACACCACUCUAAAAACAACGAAGAAAAACAUUUUUUUCUUAUCUCAACAUUUUUGGGAAGCAAUAUAGAUUAAUCCAAACGAAAAUUGGGCGGCAAUAUUGAUCAAUCCAAACAAAAAUUGGGCGGCCUUUUGGAGCGAGAAUGAAAAAGUUGGGCGGCAAUAUAUAUCAAGCAAAAAGAAAAUUGGGUGGCAAUGCAACGGGAAGCAAAAUUGAGUAGAAAAAAGACAUGAAUUAUAUAUAUAAUAACUUACAAGAUUAAUACUCAGUGAAGUAUAAACUUUUUGUUUAACA